GCUGCCAGUGAAUUUGGUAGUGAAUUGGCCCAAGUUCUGGUGUGCACAAGUUGCAACUUUCGACUUUCUAUACAGAGCAUGGCCCUCUCACGGCCUUCCAUGAGGCGUCUCACCAGCUUGAGACCCUCAAAUUUCAGACCGUGCACCAGUUUUCUCCAGCCUCGACUCAUCCGCCGGCCAUCAGGUGUCUCGUGGGUACCUCAACGGUUCACUCAUAGUGAUAUCACACAGCAGCUUCGGGAAGAAUGGUCGAGCUAUAAUCAUUUUCCCCAGGCGUCCAGUGCCAACCAGUUUGUGAAUGGCCAGACAGUCACAGUACAUGGCUUUCUCUCCCAGAGAAGGAUAUCGUCCAAGAAGCUCAUCUUUGCCAAUGUGCAAGUCGACAAUGGGCCGUCUAUCCAGGUUGUAUCCCACUCCGAGCCCGGUGAUGAAUCUAACCCCCCUCCUGGACACGAGGCCCAUCUCGCUCUUAGGGCUCUGCCUCUCCACAGUCCAGUCGCAGUGACCGGAACUGUCGUAUCUCAAAAAGGCGACCGAGACUUGUCUGCCUCCUCUCAAAGAGAUGUUCCUGGCUCUUUUCCCAAAGGCGUCACACAUCUCGAGAUUUCUCUGCAGAAUAUUCAGCCUCUUAAUGCUUUCCCCAAGGAUAUCAUCGUGUCCAAGGGGGUGCAGUUCCCGCCCUCGGCCCGGCACCUUCAGAUCCGCUUCGAUGAGGCUCUCCAGGCUCGUAUUCGUGCACGCCCAAAGAUCGGCCAUGAACUGCGCAAGUCCCUCACCGAUCUUAACUUUACCGAGGUGGAAACACCAAUCCUCUUCAAGUCUACGCCUGAGGGGGCUCGCGAGUUCUUAGUUCCAACACGACGGGCUGGUUUAGCAUACGCCCUUCCCCAGAGCCCUCAGCAGUACAAGCAGAUUCUCAUGUCCAGCGGUAUCCGUGGGUACUACCAGUUUGCGAGAUGCUUCCGUGACGAAGACCUCAGAGCCGACAGACAGCCCGAGUUUACCCAGUUGGAUCUCGAAAUGUCCUUCGCCACCGGCCAAGACGUCAUGCGCACAGUCGAGUCCAUCAUGAAAGACCUCAUGAAGUCCCUCAACUCCCAAUUCGAACUCGUCCAAUCCGACACCAACGAGCGCUACCCCGUCCCCAGACGCACCCCCCCCUCCUCCGACCCAUUCCCCAACCCCUGGCCUGUAUCAGACAAACCGUUCCCCCGAAUCACCUAUGAAGAAGCCAUGUCCCGCUUCGGCGUUGACAAGCCCGACACCCGCAUCCCCUUUGAAAUAACCCCCAACGUCCCCCUCCCCGAAUCCUUCACCUCCAUGAUCUCCCCCCUCCCCUCCCCCACAAUCGACACCUUCGUCUUCACCCCGACCACCUCCCCCUCCAUUCGGGACACAACAACCUUCAUCCACACCUUCCUCUCCACCCUCCCCCCCGCCCUCUUCUCCCUCAACCCCAACGGCCAACCCGCCGCCCUAAUAAUCGACACCUCCAAACCCCUAAUGGGUCUCUCCCCCCUCUCCCACUCCGGCUUCGAAACAAUAACCAACCUCUACCCCUCCCUCACCUCAGGCGACGUCAUCUUUUUCCAAGCCCGACCUCCCACCCCCUUUUCAGGUGGUUCCACCGUCCUAGGCCAAAUCCGCACCCUUUUAUACUCCUCCGCCGUCACCUCUGGCUUCCUCCCCCCCUCUCAUCAGUUUAACUUCCUCUGGGUCCAAAACUUCCCCAUGUUCACACCCAACACCGAAACCGACCCGGGCCAAGGAGGCCAAUCAGGCUUCAGCGCAACACACCACCCCUUCACUGCCCCCCUAACCGACGCAGACGUCGAGCUGAUGGUUACCAACCCCCUAGCCGCAAGAGCAGACCACUACGACCUCGUCCUCAACGGGGUUGAGCUAGGUGGUGGGUCGAGAAGGAUCCACACGGCGAAAAUGCAGGAGUAUGUCUUUAGGCAGAUUCUCAAAAUGUCCGACAAGGGUGUCAAGCAAUUCUCUCAUCUACUCGAAGCGUUAAGAGCGGGGUGUCCGCCACACGCAGGGUUCGCGUUGGGGUUUGAUCGGCUCUGUGCGGUGCUCACAGGGACAGACUCAGUAAGGGAUGUGAUUGCUUUUCCAAAGAGUAUGAAAGGGGAGGAUUUGAUGGUCAGGUCGCCGGGCAAGAUUACUAGUGAGGAGUUGGGGACGUAUCAUUUGGCUUUUAGACCCAAGGAGGAGAAGAAGAAGGAAUGAGAAAAGGUAUUGGAUAAGGUGGAAACAGAUGUAAGAUAUCUUGUACACUCCAAUCAUAGAAGAUCCCUUUCACCACUGUUGGAUGCAGAUGAGAAAGGAUUCGAAACACAAAAGUGUUACCACCCUACUCUUCACCACCAAGCUACUUUACAAGUCUAUAAAAUCCCCACCAAUUAUUACCCCAAACUAAACCCAAUCUUAUUUCCCGC